CCUGUAGGUUCUGCCAAACUAGGAAAAUGCUAAAUGCUGUUUUUAUUUUAAACAACUCCGCUGAUGUUGUUUUGUUCAAACCGCUGUUACAUUCUAACAAAGUUACCUCACCCGACGUAUUUAGCAAACUGUUAAGAAGUUGCCGCUUACGUUUGCCGCCAUGCUUAACACACGAGGAUCUACAUUACGUCAACAUUGAGCGAGACAAAGUGUUUCUUGUCGUCGCCACCGAUUCAGCUUUAACAUCGGCGUAUCUUGCCCUGGAGUAUCUGGAACAUCUGUCCGAUGUCUUAAAGGACUUUUUCGGAGUCUUGACCGAAGAAAACUUGCGUUCCAACAUCGGACUUGUUCACGAAACAUUUACCGAGUCCACAAUGUUUGGGAUUCCUUUCAUCACAGAAUCUGUGAAGAUAAAACCACUUUUGUGCAACGCUGUCAAGAAAACAAACAAAUCAAAGACAGAAUGGUUGACAUUCGUCCCCGACAACAUAUUCGGCACUGUGCAUAGCACACGGGAAAAGCGACUUGCUGCGAGUGAUGCUUCAGAUAAACCAGUUUUACGAACGCCCGACAACGGUGAACUCUUUGUGGAUCUUAUUGAACGAAUGUCGGUUAUAAUCGGCCACAACGGAGUUCUUACCAACUGCAGCAUUGAAGGGCAGCUGCAUGUCAAGUCAUAUUUACAUCAUGCUUGCGAUUUGGAAAUAUUCUUCAACAAACCAAACGACAACGAUUUUAAAAUGGAUAAAAUUCUCACGAGCGCAAGUUUCCAUUCGAAUAUUGUAACCACCGAACUUCCUAAAUCAAUCAAAACGAAAGCGCAUCCGGGUUUGCUGCGUGCCAUGGCUUAUCACGUGCCCAACGUCGCGUACGAAUCGUCAUUACCCUUCACCAUGUACUCGGCUAUACUGCCGCAUGUAGAAGAGAAAAUGCUGACGCUCAGUCUUAAGAUACAUUGCUCGCUACCCGUCCGCCAUCCAGCCGUGAAUGUACUCGGUUUAAUUCCCAUCCCUAGCAACGUUAUGAAUAUAAACGGAGUCUCCAGCCUUCUAAACGUCGACUUCAAGCACGACCACAACCGCUACAGCUUCACAUGUCCCAUUUUCCCCGGCGAUUCUCAUCACAGCAUCACUAUUAAGAUGGCGGUGUCGUCAUGGUUACCGUGUAUGUUGUUCGAACUAACGCGAGUAAUCCUACAGUUUGAAAUCCCGAUGCUUUGUCAAUCAGACAUGAAAAUAUCCGGCCUUAAAGCGAGCCAUGGCGCUCUACCAAACACUCAUGUAAUAAAGUGGGUUCGAUAUAUUACGCAUGCCAACUCGUAUGAGUUUCGAUUACAAGGUGAUUGGUACCCGACGUAGCUGGUACGCUGUAAUGCAAUGUUUGUUCCACGUUUCCAGUUUGUUUCACUAGACCCUAUAUAUUUACUGUCGGGUUAGGUUGGUUAGAUUGUGUAAGAUUUGUCGUUUAAUGUUUGAACCAUUGUUUGUGCACACGGCACGCACAUCGGCGGUUAAAUACUGUUGUGCAACGACCUCGGAAUCUCUUAUUAAAACAUACAAUAGCGUGUAAUACUGUAAAUACACUAACCCUUCGAUAUUUAACAUAAGCAUCUGCUGUCGCUGCCGUCUUUCCCAUCAACUAUAACAACAGCUUAAAACGACAUUUUCAUAAGUUACCACUCUACCACCGACGCCGCUAUAUAUUGAAGAUCAAACAUAUGGCGUCAAACCAUGAAAAACAAAGUCUUUUAAUAAUGCGCCCAUACACAAGGGAAAAAGAGCAUAUACGUAUGUAUAUGUACACAUAUAUUUAUAUAUUAUUCAGCGAUUCUUGGUAGACAUAACCAGUUAACAGCAAUGUGAUUGAGUGUUUCAUGCACAGUGUCAGUGCGGCAUGCUUGCUUGUCGUUUCACAACAUUAUUAUUAUUAUUGUUGUUUAAACGAAACAGAAGUGAAAACCUUUCACUGUCGCAUCUUAUACAACUGAUGUUCAUAGAUAUCAGUUCCCAUUGUUUAACUUCCAAUGCAUCGCACCAGGCCACCACUAGUUUGGCUUCAUCAUAGUGAUGUUCUUUUAGUUCACCACGCCGACUUUGCUUUACUACAUACGACGUAGAUUUGGGAAACUUUUGAUCGUCUGUGACUCUUUCCACCUUAAGCUGUGGUUCCAUACUUAAUAAAGUCGUCAGCACCAUCCCCUCCACCACCCCUUCGUAACCACUGGUGACGCAGAUACGAAACUCGUUGCCGCCACUAAUAUGAAUGUGAGGCAUCUUACAUUAAGAUUCUUAUUCUGUUGUUGACUGUAAACGGUUCUUUCUAAUCACUUUGAACAACUUGUCAGGUUUGCUAACGAAGAAUAAACAGCAGUAAUCUACUUUAUAAGGUAAAGGCCCAGCAACACUAUGGUGACAUCAUCGUGUUUCGUGAAAGUGGGACGACAAAACAAGAAUUGUGUUAUUAAUAGCGUCAUAUUACGUAAUGUGUUGCACGAUUGUGUUCUUUUAAAACAUUUAUUAUGA